AUGAACAACAGCACAUCCGGGACUCACGCGGAUCCGGACCUGCUGAUCACCUCCACCUUCGGGACGCUGCUCUCCCUCGUGUACAUCAUCGGGGUGGUGGGGAAUGUGUACACGCUCGUGGUGAUGUGCCACUCGAUCCGCUUCGCCACCGCCAUGUACAUCUCCAUCAUCAACCUGGCGCUCGCAGACCUGCUGUACCUCUCCACCAUCCCCUUCGUGGUGGUCACAUACUUCCUGAAGGACUGGUACUUCGGGGACGUGGGGUGUCGCGUGCUGCUGAGCCUGGACCUGCUCACCAUGCACGCGAGCAUCUUUACGCUCACGGUGAUGUGCACGGAGCGCUACCUGUCCGUCACCAAGCCUCUGGACACCGUGAGGAGGUCUAAGAGCUACAGGAAGGCUCUCGCGUGGGGGGUUUGGCUGCUGUCCCUCUUCCUGUCCGUGCCCAUGAUGGUGAUGGUGUCGCAGACCCAGCAGCGCGUGCACGGGGGGGGCGUGAAGCGGAUCUGCGCGCCCGCUCUGGCCCCCCUGGCUUACAAAGUGUACGUCACGGUGCUGUUUGGCACCAGCAUCAUGGCCCCGGGACUCAUCAUCGGAUACCUGUACGUGAAGCUGGCGCGCACUUAUCUGGAGUCCACGCGCAACCCGGUGAUCCACAGAGUCCAGAGAGGUGGGAAGAGGUCUCCGAAGCAGAAGGUCCUGAUCAUGAUCUUCACCAUCGUGCUGGUGUUCUGGGCCUGUUUCCUGCCCUUCUGGAUCUGGCAGCUCCUGGAUCUGUACGUCAACAAACCUCUGAACAUGGCUUCUGAGACGAAGAAGUGCAUCAACUACCUGGUGGCGAGUCUCACGUACUCCAACAGCUGCAUCAACCCCUUCCUCUACACGCUGCUCACCAAGAACUACCGGGAGUACCUGAAGAACCGGCACCGGAGCUUCUACCGGUACACCAGCUCCUUCAAACAGCGGCCGCCCAGCCUCUACUCCUGGGGGAAGUCCUCCAGCAACCAGUUCGAGUUCAACUCCGAGACCCUGGUGAUGGGACCCCUGAGGUGA